AUGCCUCGCAUCGCAAGCAUUGUACUCAUGGCAGUAUCCGCCAUCGCUGCCUUGACUGCUCCCACUGUUUUAGGUUUUCAGCCUGGAAGCGGAGGACGCGUCAUGUGGGAAAACAAUUGCGAUUUCCAGGGACAAAACUACGCAUCGAUGAAGGCUAUUCCCGAUGUGUGUGGCGACGUGUGCGCCGGUGAUGCAGCUUGCACGCACUGGGCUUGGAGCCACUACAAUGGCGGCACUUGUUGGUUCAAGAGCGGCAAUCGUUCAUCCAAGAUAGCCAAGUGGGGCACGAACUGCGGUUACAUGGUGUCCCGCAGCUCGCAAGCACAAAAGCAAGAUCAAGCAGCGCCAAGUAGCGGUCUGUCCUCGGCUGAGAUGGGCGAAAUGCUCGGUCGAAUCAAUGCCUACCGAGCGCAGCAUGGUCUGCCAGCACUCAGCAUCGACUCUCGUUUAGUUUCGGCGGCUACUCUGCACUCACGGGACCAGGCCAACAACUGUAGAAUGACUCAUGCUGGUUCAAACGGCUCGAGACUCGGUGACCGCGUCAAAGCACAAGGAUACGAUUUUGAAACAGCCGCUGAGAACGUGGCGGGUGGUCAAAUGACCGUGGAGGAAGUUAUGACUUCGUGGUGGAACUCGCCGGGUCACCGCGCCAACCUUCUGGGCAAAGACGUGAAGAAUGUCGGAUUUGGAAAAGUCGUGAACGACCGAUGCGGCAACUUUGCAAACUACUGGACGCAGGACUUUGGCAGUCUUGAUUAA